GUCCGUACUGCUCCUUUAAUUUCUGAGCCGAUUUCCAGAAAGCAGCAACCUGUAACAGGCUCAGUGAUCCUCCCCCUGAUGGAUUAUUUAACAGGCGCUGAGUCCCAUGUCGCCAUCUGCUAUAGGAAGAAAACACAGCGGAAUAUUCCCUGGGGCACAUGAUUCAGCAGCAAAAGGGGUAAAUAAACGACUUUGAGGUGGGAACGAUAGUUUAGACCGGCUGGUAACCCAAAACACAAGUUGUGCAACAGGUGUUCUGGAUGCUGUUGGAGGCAGAGCAGAAACCUACUGAGCUACAGCGUCGGGCCAGAUAAAGCCUAGAAAAGAGGUUAGUUUGUCGGUGGAUGUGAAGUUUUAUUUCAGCAUGUAAUUGUCGCACAUUAAAAGCGCAUGAGCGAGUAUCUUGCGUUUGAACACCGCUUUGGGGAGACCCAUGGAGCGAUAACCGAGCACCCCACCCACCCCCAAAUUAACCCGGCUACUGACAUGAUCCACUCGUUUAUAAAUACAACGCUGACCCUGUCCGCUCGGUGAUCGGGUCGACGGAGGCAAUCAAAGGAAGGAGUCGUGCAAUCUGCAGCAGUCAUGGUGGUGGAGGGCGACAAGACCCUACUCGCCGCAAGGCAAGGGGACGUGCAGACUCUGAAAGUGCAAUUAGCGGCAAAAACGCUCACCGGCGAAGUCAAGGAUGUGCUGGGAGCUUCGCCCGUCCACCACGCAGCCCGGGCGGGGAAGUUAGCUUGUCUGCGUUUUUUGGUGGAGGAGGCAGGAUUGCCGGGUAACUGCCUGGCGAACAACGGGGCGAGCCCUGCGCACGACGCAGCAGCAACCGGCAAUCUGGCAUGCCUACAGUGGUUGCUGACCCAGGGUGGAUGUCGGCCAGAGGACAGGGACAGUUCUGGCGCCACUGUUCUCCACCUUGCGUCCCGCUUCAGUCACCAUGAAAUCACUGAUUGGCUGCUGAAGAGUGGUGAGGUGGACCCUGGAACCUCCACUGAUACAGGUGCCCUACCUGUCCACUAUGCUGCUGCCAAGGGAGACCUGUCCUCCCUCCGACUGUUAUUGGGGCACAGCCCAAACUUUGUCAACUUCCAAACUAAAAAUGGUGCCACACCACUCUACCUGGCCUGCCAGGAGGGCCAUCUGGAGGUUGUCCAAUACCUGGUCAAAGAUUGUGGAGCGGAUCCGAACAUCAGAGCCAGUGACGGGAUGACACCUCUGCAUGCUGCUGCCCAGAUGGGCCACAACACUGUCAUUGUCUGGCUGAUGAGUUUCACAGAGAUCAGCCUGACAGACAGGGAUGGUGACGGAGCCACGGCCAUGCACUUUGCAGCCAGUCGUGGCCAUGCAAAGGUUCUCAGCUGGCUGCUGCUGCAUGGCGGGGAGAUCGUCACUGACAGCUGGGGAGGGACCCCCCUUCAUGAUGCUGCAGAGAACGGCGAACUAGAGUGCUGUCAGAUCCUUGUAGUUAAUGGAGUGGAUCUGGGCAUAAGGGACCAGGAUGGCUUCACCGCAGCAGACCUGGCCGAAUACAACGGCCACUCCCAGUGUGCCAAGUAUCUGCGCACUGUGGAGAACAUGAGCGUGGAGCACCGUGUUUUGUCCCGGGAUCCCUCGACAGACCUUGAGUACAAGCAGCCAGACUCUGGCCUCUCAUCCCCAAACACCACCAUGCCUCCUUCCACCCAGGCAGCACACUUUGACAUCGGUUCACCAUCCAGCUCCCUGUCCAACUACGACUCAGCCAACUCCAGUCAGUCCAGCACUGGGGAGAAGAGGAGCAGCUUAACAGCGUUACGAGGCCCACCUGCUCAGCUCAGCACAGUUGCACACACAGGUGCUUCAGAGACAGCCAUUUCAGACAUGCAGGCAUACAUGGAUAUGCUAAACCCAGACAUCGGCUCUGAUACGCCCAAGAAGAACGAGGUACCUGAUGACGCAGCCUCCAAGUUUCCGCCACCACCACCACCAUGCUUUCCGCCACCGCCUCCCCCGCAGUCUCCUCCAGCACCCCCUCCGCCCCCAAGCUACCCGGCCCCACAGCCUCCUCAGGAGCCAUCAGGAGCUGAGUUCCUUAAGGUCAAAAGCAACUUGCGGCGUGUGGAUAACAAAUCCAGAAAAAAGGAGGCGCCGUUGACUCUUGGAGAGAGCCACGACAAAUUGCGCCGUGUGGAUUCAAACAGGAAGUCAAGGAGCUUCAGCAAGCAGCCCAGCACUGGGGACUACUACAAGACCCUGGGUAGUGACACAGCUGAGCCCUGUGGGAGCAAAAUCAUGGCACCCAACGAGGAGGGUUCUGUGUUAUUGGAGGAGCCUACCGACAAUCCCGCCCAAAGCUCUGAAAAUGGCACUACAAAUGAAUCUGUCCCGCAACCCCCACCUCCUCCACCGCCACCUCUUCCCCCAAGCAAUCCAAUGCCAACACCCCCUCCACCUCCCCCUCUGCCUCCAGAGAUGCAAACCCCCCAGAAUAAUGCCAAUGUCACACCCAGCAAUCAGCGGCGCCCAUCUUCAUCAUCAGGAAGCGGAGAUAACUCUGCCUCUCAGGCGGAGGGAGGGGCACUUAGACAGAUGAAGAGCACAAAAUCUUUCAACAUGAUGUCCCCCACGGGCGACAACUCGGAGCUGCUGGCAGAGAUCAAGGCAGGGAAGAGCCUCAAGCCCACACCUCACAGUAAAGGCUACACCACUGUGUUUUCCAACAGCGGGCCCACAGGCAACAAUGAAAACACCACAUCUCCUGAGAGUCGGUCAUCUAGCCCACCAGCCAAACCGGCAUCCCCUCCACCACCAAGUGCACCAGUGACCUCACCACCCACCACUCCGAGCCCCAGCCCCAGCCCCACUGGCUCCGGAUCUGCCAGGACCAUUUCGACCUCUGGAAGCUACGAGCAACUGUCCUCCAACUCUGUGAUCAACGGAAACAGUGGUGGAGGCCCCGCAAAAGAAGAUUCAGGGCGGAAGACAAGCCUCACAGAUGCUGAGGCUCUAGUGCCCACUCAUGAUGAACAGGGGAAAGCCAUCCCUGAAUGGAAAAGGCAGGUGAUGGUGCGCAAGCUUCAGGUCAAGAUGCAAGAGGAAGAAGAGCACAAGCGUAAGGCUGAGGAGGAGGAGGCUCGCCUGUCGUCAAUGCCAGCCUGGAGGAGAGACAUGAUGAAGAAGAAAAUGGAUGAAGAGAGAUGUGACAGGGAACAGAAAAGAAAAGCAGAGGAGCAGGCCAAAAAGACGAAGGAGAUGGAGGAAAAGACGGAGCUAGAGCGACUAAGAAACCUAGGCUACGACGAGACCAAACUGGCCCCCUGGCAGCGGCAGAUGAUUCUGAAGAAAGGGGAUAUAGCCAAAUAGUGAACCGGAUCGUCUCCUUGUUCUCUGCCCUGCAGUGCUCCCCACCACAACAUUAUACCAAUGCCUCCCCCUCCCUGAUCCUGCAUCCCACACUGUGCACAGGUCCACAGGGAAGAGUUGGUCUUCCUCUAAACUGUGUGUCACUCUUCGGCCUCCAGACACGCAGGGCCACGCUGUGGUUGCUGCUGUCCGCACAAGCUCUGAGGCUCAGCUUGGGAUGACCCUCCACCUGUCAUUCAAAGUCUUACUGACACAACCUCUUGUUUGUUUUAUUUUUGUUUUUGUUUUUUAACAUUAACAUCAGUUCUGACAUGCACUGACUCUUGCGACCCUAUAAAUGCAUGUGUCCUGAACUAAAUUAUCUGUAGCAUCUCUCUGCUUUACUGCAAAUCGCUAGAAGGUAGAACAUUUAAGAGACGUAUGAUAGAAAGAGUCUACUUUAAGCCUAUUUGCCAGCCUCACUCACUUUUAUGUAAUGAAUGGAAAAAAUAUUCAUAAACAAGCAUUGUUACAGCAUGAAGCAGCUAAUCUGUUCUGUAUGUAGAUAGUGUUAAAUCUCCAUCAUGUCUUAGUCAUAAUAUUUUUGUAUAAGUCUCAUAGAAGCACUUUCUAGGCUUCAUUUUCCUGCCAGAGUAGUAGUUCUUGUAAAGAAAAGAGAAAAAAAAGCAAAAUCACUGUUCAAACUAAUCAGCUUCAUGUACUUAAGCUUGUUGUAAUUUCUCAGCAGAUUUGAAAGAAUGAUAAAAUAUCCUAUUUAAAAGAAAUGCUAAAUUAAAUCAAUUAAAUUUCACUGGAAAAGGAAUCAAAUUAGAUUUUACAAUGCGUGACCUAAUCGUUAAGCUGUUUUCAUCAUGACUGUUAAAUGUUGUGCGCAUGUGUUGCAAAAAAGCGCAUCAAGCAAGUUGCGUUGUAUUAUUAAGCGUACUUGACCCAGGGCUUCCUGGAUAUUGUCAGAGUAACAGAAGACACACAAAGCGAGUAAAAUCCCACCAGGUCUCUUCUAUAUGAGUAUGGCCUUUAAAUGCACAUCAGCGUAGCAGCAUCGCACAGCAGUCGUCAUCUGCGCUCUGAAUAUUUCAAGCAGCGUUCUGUCCUGCGUCAUGUUCCGGCCUUUGUCCCACUAACCUGGAAGAUAAAUCUUUGAUGAGCAGAUCUGCUUACACAGAUAGGAACGAUACAAAUUUACCAUUCUUUGCAAUGGUGGCGGUUUCAAUACUCAGCAUCUUUUUCAAGUAUUCUUAAUGAUUCACACAUCUGUUGGGCACAGGGUCACCGGUUUUGGGCUAAAUGUAGAAACGCGGCGAAUCUGCGUUGAAUAUUUUCGGCAGAAUUGAGGAGCAGAUUUCAAAUUUUACCAGUUCAUGCGUCUCCACAUUGACAUUUAAGAGUGAGUAAACCUCACAGUCAUGCUGUGUUUGUAAGUGGUUAAUCCGACAUGAUGUAAAAGAUUUUGGGGUCUGGUUCAUUUAUGUUGGAUGCACAUUUUUACAAGUAUACAUAUGAUGUCACCAUGAAGUACAUGGGACUGUGUGAUCAUUUGGAUAUAUUCUAAUUCACUUUCAUCGGAUGCCAUAUGAUAUGAAAUUGAGGAUGGUGUAACUGUCAUUGCCAUUUGAUUUUCUUUAUAUAUAAACUCUGUACAUAGUGACCCUCAGCAUUUUGUCACCUCAUUGUUUCCAUAUUGCAUACAUUAUUUGUCUCAGCCUUGCUUGAAUAGAAUGUUGGCUAAUGUAUAAUCAUAUUUUCAGACUGUUAAAGUUGAAGAAAUUAAAUCUUAAAUCACCACAAAAAAAAAAAAAAGGUUUGCGUUGUAUUUGUGUUACCACCAACAAAAAGAUACUUGUUCAGCUCUAAGUAUUUCCCACACACCCCUGUCGUGUAUGCUUUCUUUGUGAAGCUUAGAAUGUCUGCAUAAAUGGACUUGUUCUCAUGUAAUGCUUUUCUAUUCAGUUUGAGCACUCAAGGCUUCAUUCACCCACUUUUUUAACCUAAUGCUCACAAACACACACAGAGGCAACUUGGGGUUCAGUAUCUUGCCCAGGGAUACCAAGACAUGCAGCUUGGAGGAGCUGGGGAUCGAACUACCAACCUGAUGAUUUGUACCUCCUGACGUGAGUCUAGACAUGAGUCUAGAAAGAACUGGCUAAGCUUUGGUGAUGUGUGGAGAUAUUUUUAAGCUGUGAGGAAAAUAGAAAGGAAAUUGUGCCAGCAAGGAUUGAACAAAAGGAACAUAAAUU